AUGGCGGCGGGGCCGGGGCCGGGGCUGGUGCCGGUGCUGGGCGUGCAGGGCAUGCAGGGCAUCCAGACGGGCCUCAGGGUAACGGGAGCGGCCGCCGCGCGCCCCGAGCGCUUCCUCAGUGUGCAAGAGGGACUGGCUGCCAACUUCAGAGCAUUGACAAAGACUCUCUAUGAUUUGAAUAAAGGAAACAACAUCGUUCCGGGGGGUCCUCUAAAAGAGCUGGCGAUCGAAAACUUUGAUGAGGAACAGAUCUGGCAACAACUAGAGCUCCGGAACAGUGCAGUUCUUGAUUUCUUCAGGAAAUCCAUUGCCAGGGAUGCCAAGGAUGACGGUCUUUGCCUUCUCUCGGACCAGGAAGAGGAUGGCUCUGAUGCUGAGCCCAGCAGUGAGGGGGAAUUGGAAGACAACGCAAUGGAAGCAGAAGCUGAACAGAGGGAUGUUUAUACAAAAGAUAUAACUAAAGCUAAAGAAAAGCAAAGCAAACUCAGAGAAAGCAAAAUGCAGAAAUACAGUGAUGAGGAUUCUGAUCUCGACUUCGAUAUUGAAGCACUGGAGCAACAAACUAAAACGGGCAAGGAAACCACACUGAAAAAAGUGGGAAGAAAAUCUGUAGUGGAUGACAAGUUUUUCAAGCUGGCUGAGAUGGAAGCUUUUUUAGAACAGGCAGAGAAGGAAGAUGAGGAGGAAGAUGAUAUUAAUUAUUUUGAAGACAUUUUCUCAGAUGAUGAGGAAGAAGGGUCAGAAGAUGCUAAAGUCAAACCAAUUAAAAGUUCUAGAGAUGUGACAUACGAGGAUUUCUUUGAUCCAGUUGAUGAUGAUGAUGGUGACUUAGUAGCUAAUGACGUUGGAGAUGGUGAGGAAGAGGAAGCAGACAGUGCUAUUGAAGAGCAAAAUGAAGAAAGCAUGUCUGAGUUUGAGGAUAUGGAUGAAAUGGUGGCGAAUAUGAGAAAUAAAGAAGCAUCUAAAAAAGUUACUUUUAGUUUGCCAGAUGACAGUGAGACAGAAGAUGUGACUGAAAUGCAAUCAGAGAAGGGCACUGAGCCCGGGGAAACAAAGUCCUCUUUUGAGAAGAGGCAGGAGAAGAUGAGCAAGAAAAUAAAAACUUUAGAAGAAGAGCUGUUAGAGGAGAAACCUUGGCAGCUUAAAGGAGAAGUGAGUGGGCAGAAGCGGCCUGAGAACAGCCUGCUGGAGGAGACGGUGCUCUUUGAGCACGCAGUGCGCAUGGCACCUGUGAUCACAGAAGAAACUACUUUUCAGCUUGAAGAUAUCAUUAAACAGAGAAUACUGGAUGAGGUGUGGGAUGAUGUGGUACCAAAAGAAAAGCCAAAAGAGGAGGCUUUUGAAUACAAGAAACGGAUCACUUUGGAUCAUGAAAAGAGUAAGCUGAGCCUUGCUGAAAUCUAUGAGCAAGAAUACAUGAAACUUCACCAGCAAAAGACUGAAGAGGAAGAAAAUCCUGAACACAAAGAAAUUCAGGAAAUGAUGGACUCGCUCUUCCUGAAGCUGGAUGCACUCUGUAACUUCCACUUCACACCCAAACCACCGGUACCAGAAGUUAAAAUAGUGUCCAACCUUCCAGCCAUAAGUAUGGAAGAAGUGGCCCCCGUGGCUGUCAGUGAUGCUGCUCUCUUAGCACCAGAGGAGAUCAAGGAAAAGAACAAAGCUGGAGAUGUAAAAACAGAUGCAGAAAAGACUCCCACAGACAAAAAACGAGAACUAAGAAGGAAAAAGCUCCGCAAACGUAUGAGGCGAAGGGAGAGGGAGAAACGCCAGAAGCUUCUUGAGAAGAUGAACCCAGAGCAAGGCACAAAACUCAGCAAAAAAGCUGCUGCAGCCAAAUUAAAACGGCUCACAAAGGAAGGCAAAGCAUCUCUGCUCAAGGAUGAAGGUAAAGACAAGGCCUUGAAAUCAUCCCAGGCCUUCUUUUCUCAACUGCAAGAUCAAGUAAAAAUGCAAAUAAAAGAUGCGAGCAAAUUAAAGAAGAAACAGAAGAAGGAGAAAACACUCUCUGUUCAUAAAUUGAAGUUGUAAUUUACCUUUUUAUAUAUGUUGCAUCUUGUAUAUAUUAAAAUGUUUCUUCAUGAAUGCUGAAUUUGACUAA